AUGCAGAGAAUGAAAUUAUUCUUGAUCCUGGCAGCUGUACUAUUUGGUCAGACCAUUGCUGUAAAAGAGUAUCUGUUUAGAACUUGCGAUCAGAAUCCUUUUUGCAAAAGAAAUCGAUACUAUGCUGACCGUGUAGAUGAACAGGAUCAUGGUAUAUGGAAGUCUCCUUACAGGCUAGACUUACCCAGCGUAGUUGUGGAAGGAAAAGCUGGAAGUGGUACUAUUAUUGGCACUGUUUUGAAAACUGUGGAGGCUGCCAAUGUUGAAGUGGAGCUACCGCUAACGGUCUCAUUCUUGGAGUCGUCAAAAUCGGUCCGCAUUUCCAUAGAUGAGAGGCUUCGACGAGAUGGUAACAUCGAUGUAUUCGGAGAUGGCCUUGCUCGCCCAGAAAGAUAUAAUAUAACUGAGUGGGCUCUGAUAGAUGGUGCCCUGGAACCGUUACAGAAUGUUCUCGAAGUUGAGGAAUUGGCAAAUGGAAUCAGUAUUCAGUAUGGUGAGUCUAACAGAUUGGAAAUCCAGGCUGACCCUUUAAAGUUUACAUUUUAUAGGGCGGGAUCUCCUUCUGUCGUACUUAAUGAAAAAGGUUACCUGAAUUAUGAGCAUUGGAGGCCAAUUGAGGAUACGGAAGUGCAGGAAGUCGGUGGUGAUUCUCAGGACGUUCUCGAGUUGAAACGCAACAAACAUAUGUCCGACUUGGAGCUCGAUGAAGGUUUAUGGGAGGACACAUUUGAUUCCAAAAAAGAUAUUAAAAGCCGUGGUCCAGAGGCAAUUGCAUUGGACGCAACAUUUCCUGGUUUCAGUCAUGUAUAUGGUAUUCCAGAACAUGCUGAUUCAAUGUCUCUCCGUGAGACUCGCGGAGAUAAAAAACAAGUAGAUGGGGAGAUAAUUCAUUCAAACCCCUAUCGUCUUUAUAAUGUGGAUAUUUUUGAAUAUGAAACAAAUAGUCCUAUGGCUAUGUAUGGCUCAAUUCCAUUUAUCCAGGCCCACAAGCAAGAUCAAUCUGUUGGUGUUUUCUGGGCGAAUGCUGCUGAUACCUAUGUUGACAUUACGAAGGAUAAAAAAUCUACUACAACUCAUUGGAUUUCAGAAGCUGGCUUACUGGAUGUAUUUGUGAUUCUUGGUGAUUCUCCAGCUGAAAUUUCUACAUUAUACAGCAAGUUGACGGGUACUGUGAGCAUGCCCCAAAGUUUUGCGAUUGGAUAUCACCAAUGCAGGUGGAAUUACAAUACCCAGGAAGAUGUUUUGGACGUUAACGAAAAGAUGGAUGAGCAUGAUAUCCCAUAUGAUGUCAUUUGGCUUGAUAUUGAAUAUACUAUGGAAAAGAAAUAUUUUACUUGGAACGAGGCUCUAUUCCCAGACCACGUUUCAAUGAUGUCAGAUUUGGACAAGACUAAACGGAAACUGGUCGCUAUUAUUGAUCCUCAUAUCAAGGUUGCUGACAAUUAUGAUGUUGUCAAGACUCUAAAAAGCGAGCUUUUGGCGGUAAAAAACUCCAAGGGAGAGCUGUUUUACGGACACUGCUGGCCUGGUGAAUCUGUAUGGAUCGACACGCUGUCUCCCAUGGCUCGCUCAUACUGGACGUCAUUAUUUGCAUCUGGAACGAGUUUCGGUGGCGAUUCUCAGAAUCUUCAUAUCUGGAAUGACAUGAAUGAACCAUCUGUAUUCAGUGGACCAGAGUCUUCUAUGCCUAAAGAUAACAUCCAUUACGGUAGUUGGGAGCAUCGUGAUGUCCAUAACCUUGUUGGACUCACAUUUCACAAUGCUACUGUUGACGCUAUGGCUAAAAGAUAUAAUUUUGAACAAAGGCCAUUUGUUCUCACCAGGUCAUAUUUUGCUGGAUCCCAAAGAAUCGGUCCUAUGUGGACAGGCGAUAAUAUGGCAAAAUGGGAAUACUUGGAACAAGCAACACCGAUGCUGCUUACUUCUGGAAUUGCUGGUAUGCCAUUUUGUGGGGCUGACGUAGGUGGGUUUUUUGGUAAUCCUUCAUCUGAAUUAUUGACUAGAUGGUAUCAAGCAGGUGCAUUUUAUCCAUUCUUUAGAGGACACGCACAUAUUGAUGCUAAACGUCGUGAGCCAUAUAUUCCUCCUCCUCCUUACAAUACUACUAUCAGCAAUGCUAUUAAGCUAAGAUACAGACUAUUACCUACCUUCUACACUGCAUUUUAUGAAUCGUCAAUUGAUGGGUCACCAAUUUUGAAACCUACAUUUUACGUUACUCCAUCAAAUGAGAAAACGUAUGCGAUUGAUGAUCAGUUUUUUGUUGGAAAUUCAGGUAUCCUUGUCAAACCAGUUACAAAGGAGUCAGCUACAUCUGUUGAUGUAUAUCUUCCUGAUAACGAGGUGUACUAUGACUUUGAUAAUUUUGCAGUCACAUAUUCAGGAGAGGGCUAUCACAGCAUUGAUACGCCUCUGGAAAAGAUUCCUGUUCUUCUCAGAGGUGGUCAUAUCCAUGCCAGAAGAGAACGACCACGUAGAUCGGCUACUCUAAUGAAAAACGAUCCUUAUACAAUUGUUAUUGCGUUGGACAAAAAUGGUGAUGCAGAGGGAAAACUCUAUCUUGAUGACGGGGAGUCUUACGACUACCAGAAAGGUGAAUUUGUGCUUCAAACAAUCAAAUAUUCCUCUAAGGAAAGAACAAUAACUGGCCAACCAACAGCAGAAUCAUCAUCUAAACUAUACCCAUUUUCUAGUCUUCCAAUCGAGAAGAUUGUCAUUAUUCACUCCUCAGAAGCUGCCCCUGUGGUUGCCGAUAGUUUGGUGACCAUAAAUGAAGGUUCGAAGUCAUGGACCGCAGAGGUUCAACAGUCGGACAGUGUUUCCGUUACAACAAUCCGCAAUCCCCGUAUGUCAGUAGGUGGACAUUGGUCCGUUGUGCUUUAA